AUGAAAGCUAUCCAGAUCCUAGGCAACGUUACCGCGCCAGAAAUCACCAUCAAUCCUUUGAUGACCAAACCCACCCCCCAAAACUCUGAGCUUCUCAUCAAAGUCCACGCUGCAGGAGUAACAGGCGACGAAAUAAUCUGGCCAGAGCCAUACGCUUCCGCAACCCGAAUCCCAGGACACGAAAUCUCGGGAGUAAUCACCUCCACAGGUCAAGAUUACAAAGGCUCCUUACGCAUCGGUCAAGAAGUCUUUGCUCUUCUCGGCGCAGACAGAGGCCAGGGACAAGCGAAUUAUGUCAUCUGUCUACCAGAUGAAGUUGCGCCGAAACCGACGUCGCUACUCCAUUCUGAGGCUGCGGUGUUGCCUAUCCCGAUUCUUACGGCUUGGGAGGCAUUUUCUGAUCAUGCAGCACUUGUGGCUGGAAUGAGGGUUCUUGUGACGGGAGCCUCGGGAGCGGUAGGAACGUUUGCUGUUCAGUUUGCCGCACAGGCAGGUGCGCAUGUUAUUGCGUUGGCUUCGUCUCGGAAUCAUGAGAUGUUGAGGCGGUUUGGUGCACACGAGGUCCUUGAUUACAGUACCGUGGAGUGGGAGACAAAAGUCAAAGACGUUGACGUGGUUUUCGAUACUGUGGGUGAAGAUGUGCUUAUAAAAACCUGGGAGUGUGUUAAAAAAGAUGGAGUCAUCGUGACUAUUGGAGACCCUGCACCAGCUUGGGCAUUUGGACGAGGUCAGGCUUCUGAGGCUGUUGAUCACCCGGAUGUGCGAUAUGUGCAUUUUAUUGUGUCUCCUCAUUCGGAGCGACUAGGAAAGGCUGGGGGAAUGCUUGAUGCGGCUUCUUUGGAGAAGCUGGCUGUGAAAUCAUUCCCCUUAAAUGAAGCGAAAGCAGCUUGGAAUUAUGCUCAGCGAAGAAAUCGUGGUCACAAAGUUGCGAUUGAUUUUAUCGAAUGA